GUCAAAGAUUCUUUUAGAAGGAUUUUCUGUGGGGGUGGAAAAAAACAUGGAAGGAUAAUAAUAACAUUGUGAAGAAAAUAAAGUAAAACUGAUAUUUUCCUGUAUUAAAUCACAAUAGACGUGCGUUGAAAAUGUUCAAAUUAUCGCUGAGAAAGUAUUCUGCGUUUUUGUUCGUUCAAAUCGCACUACUACUGUUUGAUUUGUCCGUUAAUACGUUUUCCUUCCUGGCUCGUGGCAACAAAUCCCAUCUAAUUUCCAUCUACGUGGCCCAGGAUGUGUGUCUGUUGAUUUCUUUCUGUGCACUCUUCUACAGCCUCUAUUCAACUUAUGUUUAUCAAGCUGGACUGAGUGAACUGCUUUACACAAAGUUUAGAAGUGUUUUUUGCAUCCUUGUCGUCUACUUCCUGCUCUGUCUUCUCACCCAGAUUGCAUUCUAUUCCCUGCCCUGGCCAAAAACUAUCACAGCUUUGUAUAUCAUCCAGCGCCUCUUUUCCCCAUUUUACUACUAUUCCUGCAAAAGAGCGUCCCUGCGAGUGAGUGAUCCUCGUUUCUACGAGAAUCUCGACUGGAUCUCCGAGCAAAUGGCCAUCAAAUAAAAGACAAAACGGCUUUCCAGCUAAAAAUUAUGAAAAUUCAUAUCAAAUCUGACCAUGUUACCAAAGAAUUCUAGUCGUAGUACAAGUCCUUAGGACUAUCCCAGCUAGAGAAAAUCUUCCAGUGUCCACAGAAAAAAUAAUGUAAUGUCCUUUUACCUUCUCACCAAUAUCCCCCGAAAUAUAUAGAUUUGCAAUAAAACCUUGAAGAUCUCUGUAGUUUAGUAGAAACAAGAAAAACAAAGAAAAAAAGACAGUGUAUGAAAUAACAGAAAAUAUAUAUUUUGUGUGUGUUAAAAUGAA